CGCUCGACUCUCGAUCGCUCGAUCGCUUUCAGCUGCCGCAGAACAGGGCUGUCCCACUGCCCCACCUGCAAUGCCCUUGACAAGCCGCCGGGCGCCCAUACUGGCACUGCUCUAUCACGCUGCUCAUAGCGGGCAUCGCAUCGAGGCUUUCGUACAUGCAGCAGCAACACGGCGAUGCUGUUGGCACAGACUCGGCGGAGUGCAUCAGCAAGCCUGCCACCAUCAGCAAGCCUUCCACCUGCCAAGCAUCCUGCAACUAAUGUCGGUCGGUGGCCGAGACGAAACGCUGAAAGCAGCCCCAUCCACGGCGAUGACGAUGGGCGCCGAUGUCGCGAAAGCCUCCGCGGCGAUCAAAGCAGCGCCAACAGAAUCAAGUCGAUCGGGAGGUAUUCUGGGUCCUCUGAAGGAAAGCAUCAGAAACGACAGGGGGCGUAGCGAAGACUGCGACGCUGCCCUCCUCUACUUUUCGUUCGGGGCCAACAUGUGCCCUUCGAUUCUAACGAGCAAGAGAGGCGUGAAUCCCUUCGCAUCGCUACCUGCAGAGGCGACACAAUUCUCCACCGGUACAAGACGAAACCCGAGCGCUACUGAUGGAGCGGGCGGAGUCACCCGUCGAGACAAGACAGACACGCAGAAAUCGAGAGGGAUGUGCGUGUGCUUCUGCCAUCGCGCCGGUUACGCAACACUCGCACGAAACCCUGGCCCUCCACAGUCGUGGGAGAAAUCGCCAGGUGCGCACGGUGUGUUGCACGUCAUCUCGCCAUCCAGCUUGGAGAAGAUAGCAGCGUCAGAAAAUGGCUACGAAAAACGUUUGGUUGAUGUGGCAACACCCACGGGGGACAGGGACAUCGCCGUCUGUUUUGUCUCGAACCCGUGGCAAACACUUCCCACAAGCGUCCCGCCAACAUCCAGGUAUCUUUCCCUGCUCCAAGACGGAGCAGCCUACCACAAUGUCGACGAGCGGUACAGAGCGUGGCUGGCACUACUGCCUUCUGUUCGCCCAGAGGAUGAGAUGAUGUCCUCGGACCGGGUACGCACUCCUUCCAAGAUUGUGACGGAUACGGUGCUGGCCGUAGCGGCGUUUGCUGCCUUCGUAGCUGCUGGUGCGGCGAUCAAUCCCUUCUGA